AUGCUUCCGAUGGAGGUAGUUCUGCUGAAAAAGGUUGCACAUAUCGAUGGAAUUUCCAGACUUUUGGAGGUUUACGACCUUCAUGGAACUUGGAAUAUAGUGAUGGCUGGUAACACACCUGCUGUUCAAGAUCUCUUCGAUUAUAUUUGCAAGCGCGGCUAUUUGAGCGAAUGCGAAUCGGCCUUCAUAAUGUACCAACUUGUUGGCAUAUUGCUCAAAUGCCACCAAGCUGGAGUUCUGCACCGCGACUUGAAGGAUGAGAACCUACUUAUUGACUCGGAUAAUCAUGAAAUUCAACUCAUUGACUUCGGCUCUGGCGCCUUCUUACAUGAUGGGAUUUACCGUGAUUUCGAUGGUACACGUGUUUACUCUCCACCGGAGUGGAUAAAAAGUAACGGAUAUCGCGGCAAAUCCGCCGAAAUUUGGACGGUUGGAAUUCUACUCUUUGACAUGAUUAAUGGAGACAUUCCCUUUAUGAGUGACAAUGAAAUUCUCUCUGGUACAGUCCAAUUUCGUCGAACUCUGGUUAGCCACGAGGCUAUGGACCUAAUACAUUGUUGUUGCCGCCAGGAUCCACGCGAGCGUCCUACGCUAAUGGAGAUUCUUCUUCAUCCCUGGAUGCGACUAUUUCGCAACACAAUCGCCAGACUCGAGUGUGAGCCUUCUCAGUACGCUCUGGAUGAGUCGGCAAAAUAUAUGCCAUCGCCACUGGCUCCCUCCAUUACGGUUCGCUCAGGACUCUGCGAUCUUGCGAACCUGUGCAUCGCGCAAGGUGAU